UGUUUGGUUAUUGAGGUGAACUUCGCGGCAGCUUUGCAAGCGCGCGCUAAGGCGGUUUCUCAAACGAAGCUCUGCAUCCAUCGGCCGACGAGGUAUUCGUAACUCCGGUCUUCGAUAUCGUCUUCAGGGAUGUCUAAAUUAUCUGCCACACUGAGACUAUUUGAUGCACAUUGUCAUCUCCAAGAUCCAAGAAUAUUUGAUAAAGCACCUCAAUUAAUUAGCACAGCAGUGGAUUCUGGAGUUCUGCGUUUUGCUGUUAAUGGAAUCUCUGAGAAAGACUGGCAUUUGGUGAAGCAGCUGAGUGAAUUACAUCCUUGCAUCAUUCCAUCCUUUGGUCUUCAUCCCUGGUAUGUUCCUGAAAGAACUACUGGCUGGCUAGAAAAACUUAAGGAAUUUUUUGAAGCAGUACCAACCGCAGCAGUUGGAGAGAUUGGUCUGGACAGAGGUUCAAAAGGAAAGGAAAUCAAUUUUAUAGAUCAGGUUGAGGUCUUCCGGCAACAACUUGAGCUUGCCAAGUCUUUAGAAAGACCAGCAUCCAUCCAUUGUGUACGUGCUUUUGGUGAUCUCCUUCAGAUAAUGAAAUCUAUGGGACCUUUUCCUGCUGGUUUCAUUCUGCAUUCUUAUCUUGGAUCUGCUCAGAUGGUUCCUGAGUUCUCCAAGCUAGGUGCUUACUUCUCAUUUUCGGGUUUUCUCAUGUCCAUGGAGGCAAAGAAGGCAAAGAAAAUGCUGAAAAUGGUGCCCUCGGAUAGGAUUUUGUUGGAGACUGAUGCGCCUGAUGCACUUCCUAAGUCAAAGUUAGACUCCCUCUAUUUUGUUGAAGGCGAUCCUUCUCUUCCCGAAUGUCUGAAGACCCAAGAACAAUCUGCUGCCCAAACAGGCUCACAACAAAGUACAUUGCCUGGUUCUUCCACCGAUGCAUCAACACUGCCAAAAGGGACUCUCAAUCAUCCAGCAAACAUCCAAAAUGUCCUUGUUUAUGUUGCAUCUUUGUUGGAAAUCAGCAAAGAAGAACUUGCUGAAUUGAGUUAUAGAAAUGCAGAGCGUUUAUUCUCUUUCACAGGUCUAGAAACUUCUUAGUGAAGAGAGGCCAAAUGUUUAGGUGAUGUUUUUAACAACUCGAAAUAAUGCUCCUUAUUGUUCCCUUCUCACUAACAUAUAUCUUACCAUCUAGCAAAUACUGUUCUUGUGAAGAAUAAAAGUCAUAGGCGAUGCUUUUAUGGUGCUUGUAUUGGUGUUGUGUAUCAACGACAUCAAGAAAUCAUCUGGCAAAGCAAGCAAUGCAGGUAAAAAAAAAAAAAAAACAAUUCAGAGGUAGAUAUAUGUUAACAAGGUCGUUAGACCACUUACCUAAUAUCCAUGGAUUCAAAUAUAUGGAUGACGAAAAUGACUUAUAGUAGGCAAAUUGCAAUCAACACGAAGGGCAAGGCGGGCGUGCAUGCCAUUUCAGAGGUUGAUGUGUUAAACAGGUCAUUAGACCACUUGCCUAGUGUUCAUGUAUUCAAAUUAUUUUGAGUAUAUAGAUGUGACGGCGAUGACUAUUAGUAGGAGCAUUGGAUUGAUGCUGCUGCUAGAAUAUCCGUUCAAUCUGGAAUAUAAGGGUCACUGGAUGGACAAACAGAUGAGCAGACGCCAGGUAAUUUAUCUCUGAAGCUCUUCCUCUCUCUUUCCCUCUCCCAGAAGCAUCAUUUCCUUACCUCUGGUAAAUUUGUUUGUCUGCUCUGCUUUUCACCGAUGAAAAAAAA